AUGCCAGUCAAGCAUUUGUCUCUUGAGGCUCGAAAGCGCAAGCCCGAGAAGCGGAGCGCUCUCUGGCACCAGAAACCGCUGCCACAGCAACUUGCCGGGGAAGUCCAACCGGUUCGUGCCAGACCACGUCGCAAGAGCCUUGACGGCGCUCAGCGCGAGGCACGCUCUCCAGGUCAUUCGAGUUCCGACUCCGAUGAACUUCGAGAUGUUGAACAACUUAAGGGAUCUUUGGCGUUCGAUCUAUUUCAAGGUGAUUCAAGCCACAACCGGGAAACUCGGGCGUUACAACUUGCGACGGAGCAACUACUUGAAACUGAUUAUGAUCUGGACGAAGCGGCACUCGUGUGGGGAGCCACGGAACCUGGACGCCCUAAACGUCGGCGCGCUUCCAGUAAUUUAGGUGAGAUCGAGUUCGAGUCAGACUUCUCAAAGUCUGAGGAGUCGUCGCUAUCAGGGUCCAGUGACACUUUUUCGGAUUCUGCCGUUGAAGAUAGUAUUGUCCACUCAGAAGAUUCCACUGCACUUCUACAAAUGACGGAGGAAGAACGGGACGCGCUUAGAUCAUUUGAACUUUCGCGUGCUGAUCCGUCUGCAACAAUCAACUUGGCGGACUUGGUUGCAGCAAAGCUCCGUGAGGGCGCCGCCGCAUCCCCUGGUGGCCUCCCCGGUGCUGGGAGCGCAACGGGCGCGCCAGAGAGCCAAAGUCGAGAGGCUAGAUUUCGUCAACUUUACGAAUCUGUAGGUGAAGUGAUGCAUCGAUACAAAUCCGGCAAGGUUCCAAAAGCGUUCAAGCUCAUGCCGGCUCUGAGGGACUGGUACGACGCGAUGUGGCUGACCCGGCCAGAGCAAUGGUCGCCUCAAGCUCUUUUCGUCGCUACGAAGGCAUUCGCGUCGAACUUGGACCAAGCAGCAGCUCAAAAGUUUUAUACCUCUGUUUUGCUGCCGAGGUGUCGCGAAGACAUUUCUGCAAGAGGCAAAUUGAAUGUACACUUAUUUCAAGCCUUGCGAAAAGCGACGUACAAACCGCAGGCUUUUUACAAGGGCCUAAUCUUUCCAUUGAUCGAUAAUGAGUGCUCACUACGAGAAGCAGCGGUUUUUGGUGCUGUCUUGAAUCGUUGUCACAUUCCGGCCCUACAUUCGGCGGCUGCGUUACUCUAUCUGUCCCAGAAGCCGUAUUCUGGACCCGUCGCACUCUUUAUUAGAGUGCUUUUAGACAAAAACUAUGCGCUCCCCCGCCGCGUCAUCGAAGCAUUGUUGAAGCACUUCCUUCGGACUCGAGGGGACUGCCGCGAUUACCCUGUACUCUGGCACCAGAGCCUGCUCGCCUUCGUGCAAUACUUUAAGUCAGAUCUUUCUGCAGCGCAGGUGGAGUCCCUUCGUUCGUUGCUUCGGGAAAAGCGGCACCAUUCAAUUACACCUGCGAUUCACCACGAAAUUCAGAGCAUUGUCCAGCAGAGAGACGGGGAGAUUUGA